AUGGUGGGCAUACAGCAUGAUGGCGACAGUGCCAGCAUCUCAGCUCGUACAUCGCGUAUCCUCGGUGCAGAAUGGAUACCACUAAUCCACGGCGUAGGAACCGUGAUACAUCCGGUAUACGAGUACCUCAAAGAAGGACCUUUGCGAUCAAUGCUCCAUCUGAAGGACUGGGAUACUAUGGACCCUGACCUACACCCUGGGCCUGAUGACGAGCACUUGUUGCGCAUCAAACAAACUUGGGCGGACGACGAACACAAGACAAUUUACGACGAGGCGUUGUACGUGUUAAGAAAGAUGAAUGCGUGGGAGGUACAUUUCAACAAUACUUGGGAGACGCAACAAGAGGAGUGGGAAUACAAUGGUGGCUAUUCCGCUCCGUUUGUCUGGUUAUCAGUAGUCCCCAAGGAGUACUUCAAGCUACAGCGGCAAAGGCAGCCUUUGGCUUUGCUCAUCUUUGCCUAUUUUGGUGCACUACUAGAGCAGAUUCUUCAGGAUUGGUGGACAGAUAGUUGCGGGAAGAGUAUCGUCGAUGUGGUCGAUGAUUGCCUAGGAUCGUACUGGGCUGAAUGGAUGGCAUGGCCAAAACAAGUUGUCAACCAACAGCAGCAACAACGUUAUCAGCGAAAAGCCGAGAGCUAA